UGUCACCGUCAGCCGGCCGUCGUCUACGUGCUUGCAUCAUUGUUAAUUACUUGUCAAUAUCGGUUUUUUGUUUAGAAAUGCUUUGCGGACGUUCCGGUACCGUUUUCUUGAGCUGGCACUGAUAAAAUUUAUCAACAAAGACUACUUUGAUUGAGGAAAGCUUAGCGAAUAGCGAUAUGUCAUCAUCCCUUGUCGAACUACGGCCCAACCGGCGCCUGCUAGACCACGAGUUCGAAGGUUAUAAAUUGAAUCUUCAAGCACUGCCCCACUACGCGUUUGAAUUGGAAUCUCCUGUCGACAGAGUGUUCCCCGACGAGGUCCAGUACUCCUUCAUUCACGCUAAACUCUUUGCGCUUCAUAAUCACUUGGUGCUCGACUAUUGGGACUACUCCUUCAACUACUACUAUAUUGAUAUAAAACAACAAGUGAGAUAUGUGACAUUUGAAAACACGAACCACAAAUUCCAGAACUCAGUUGUUUAUGAUAUUCCAGCUCAUGUGGAAAGGAAAUCGGGUCAUUUCAAUCUGUGUCUAACAUUUUCUUCAUCAAAUCUAGCUGUUGUGAGUGAUGGGACCGGCUAUUUACACAUCAUAGACACCGGGCCUAGAAACCGAUCUUGCUGUAGAAUGUGGCAGACACUUCAUUCAAGUUUAGUAUUAGGAGAAGGAAAAUACUUUGUAGUAUUGGACUCACGAUUACAAGAAAUGAAUGAGCGUGAAGUUCUACAUUGCCUGAUUCAAUCAGUUGAACAGAAUGAUAAACAUUUCAACACUGUACUUACUUGGGUCACUUUUGAAACUCACAAUCAAACUUGGAAGCAGACAAGUUUAAAGCAGCUGCAGGGCAAAGGCAUAGUCCAUUAUGCAGCCAUUGAGACAAAUUGUUCAGCAUUAUAUGUUGCUUCGGACAACAUUUUUAAAUUUACCUCAGAUUCAGAAAAAGAAAUUGCAGAGCCACCAAAAGAGGAACCACGGAAAAUUAUUUACACCUGGUUACAGACAACUGAAGAUAUUACUAUAACAUUGAGACUUCAAGAGAACUUUGAUAAGAAAUUAUUUCAUGUUACUGUAACACCGUUGAAUAUUAAAGUUUGUUAUGCGGGUAAUACAUUUGUUGAUGGGAAAUUAAGGCAUAAAGUUGACAGCGAGUUUACUACAUGGAAUGUGCAAGAAUCAGGCCAGGUGGACAUUCUUAUCACAAAGACAGAAAGCAUGCUGUGGAAUGAGCUGCUAGAAGGCGGAGAUGGGAAUGGAGAGCAAAUAUUGGAUGCAAGUUUAGUGGAGGAGGCACAUCAGAGACUGGCCCACUUGUGUUCAGAGACUGUAGUUACCACCGAUGAAGCCAUGCCUAGUGUGUCUACCCAGGAGUUGGAGGAAUGUGAUGCUGUUUCUGAAGAGGAUACUGUUUUAGUACGACUGGAUACUUCAAACCAUCAAAUCACCCACAGAAUACCACUCAGCAUUCACCAGUUCUUGUUUAGCAUCAAAAUUGAAACUCAGGAGGCAUCUGCCUUGGCCUUGAGACACGACGUAGAUGCUUGCAUCUGGCAGCCGUAUGCACAACUUGUGAAUACAGAUACCUGGCCUAUGAAACAUCAAGGGACACUGCUAGCAUUUGGAUAUGUCCAGUCAUCCAAACAAAAUCGAAAAUUUGUUACAUGCCCUCCGAAUUUCUCAUAUAGUGUAGUGUGUGAAGCUUCAAGACAUAUCUUUAUUUACCAAAAUGCAAGCAACGAGAACUGCCAACUGAGGAAACGGUCUGGCAGCAUGAUGAAGAAUGUGAAAGUAGGUCAACAGCACCUGUUCAACAUUGACAAAUAUGGAGAAGUAAUAGGUAUUAAUGCUACAAAUGAAUUUUUGUUUAUUUUGACAGAGAAGACACUCAUUGCUAUAGAGAUAUUGUAAAGCAUACUUUGCAUGAUAAAGAUCAUCAACCCCCGGCAAUAUGUGGGACAAUAAAACAGAUCGGCCACGUUGUUGUUGUCAGCAACUGUAGCGCCGCGUCUGCGGGACUUCUUCCGCGGGACGGACUGUAUUUUAUUCUGAUGUAGUGUCUUGCUUGUUGGGAUGAACUUCAUAAUUUUUUUUUAAUCCAUGAGAGGUGUUUCUCAGUGUUUCGAUCGCUGCGGCCGCGCUGAUAUUACAAUCCGCCUUUUUUCUUGAGGAAGGAAUCAUUUCCAAAUACCAUUUCAUAAAAUUGACAUUAGCACAGUACAGAUUAUUUUAAAGUCAUAUAGUAAAUUAAAUAUUUGUCUUUGUUGAAAAAUUGUAAUGACUACAGGACCGCAGUGGUCAAAACGCUCUGAGAACCACCCAAAAACUGAAUUUGAGAAUAUGAGACUACAAUUUGGUUAAUUCGAAUAGUAUGUAAGUGAUGAAUUCGUUUUGUAAUAAAUAAUUGUAAAUAAAAUAUUGUCUGUACAAA